CAGCUGAUCCUCAGCCCCUGGCAGCCUCCAGAGAAAGAAACCACUCCUUGCUUUACCCCGGAGGUGUGCUCAGUGGGCAGCAGCCCCAGGUAAACGGACUUACCGGCACCUCUCCUCCCCUGCCUCUCCCACCCAGUGGCCAUGGCCGAGGAGAAGACCUUUCGCUAUGGGUUCAUCAUGCUGGGCUUCUUCCUGGUGAUGACGGGAAUGUUCAUCAUGAGCGUGGAAAAGCCCCAGAUCUACAUCACGUUCUGCACCCUGGGUGUCCUGCUUGUAGCUGUGGGCAUCACCUGGAGCAUGUGCCAGUGCUACCCGAAGGUAACGUUUGUCCCCGUGGACGUCGAGGCUGAGCGGUUCCUGAACCACAAACCCAUCAUGCUGCCCGAGAGGGACAGCCGCUUGAUUGUACCCUGCCCCAAAAAAGAGGCCACCAGCAUCUACGAGAAAAGCCUGCCGUCCUACGAGCAGAUCCAGAAGCAGGCAGUGGGCUCGGCCCCGCUCCCACCCAUGGCCCAGCCCAGACCCCGCAGCUGCUCCCAGCCAGCUGUGCAGGCGAAAGCAGAGGUCCACUGGGAGCUGGGGGGUGCUGGCGACGCCCCCCGAGAGCCAGCGCCUCCGUUGGAAAUGGCAGCAGGUGGCUGCCCCUCCCAGCUGUCCCCAGGGGACGCGCCGCUGGCAUCCCUCCUGGAGGACAUGGACACGCCGUCGCUGGAGGGCUCUGUGCCCAGCAGCCCCAUGCCAUGGGGCCGACCCCCCCUGCCACCUGCCACCUGCUCCAGCUGCACCCCGACCAGCUCCCCGGCAGGGGGACAGAACCCCGGUUCCCCCAACAAAGGCACCGGGGAGGAGGAUGACCUCUAUUAUGGGCUUCAAGAGGGGCCGGAUGCUCUGCUCGAUGAUAGUGACUGCCUUUUUGAGCCUGAAAACUGAUUUGCCAGAGAGAGUCACCACUUGGCAUGGAUCCAUCUCAUGGAGGAGAUGCAGACAUUGCAGCCUGGAAGAGAGGGGCUGGGGCUGCCCCCCACAAAGCUCCUACCCAUCCCCCAUGCCAUAGUACGCCCCUUGCGCCCACCCAGCUGCAUGGGAGGCUGGCAUACCACAAAACCCAAGAGGAGCAUCACCAUCUCCUGACCCCCAAAUUUCUGCAGCAGAGGGGACAGGCAGCAGUAAGCCCCCCCCCACCAGAGCCCUUUGGGUGGGCACAGAUAAGCAGGAAUGCUGGGCCGGGCAGGAUCUGGGCUAAAUAAUGUCCUUAGGAAGGGAAAAUCUUUAUUUCUAGCUUUGCUGCUAGAAAUAGGAUCAGCAUUUAGGUAGGUGAAGAUGUAUUCACCCCACGUAGGCUUUGCAAGGCAGAGAUGUCCUCAAAGCCUUUUUCCCACUUAUCAAAGCCACCCUGGAAUUAAAUUUAGAUCCCGAGACUCUGGCAGCAGGCAGCCUUCAUGCCUCCAGGUUGGGAGAGGGGUGAUAGCGGGGACAGACCAUGCUGGCCCCCAUCUCCUGCAUGAGGACCAGCUUCCUGCACUGGCGAGGGCAGGAAAAGGAAGACUUGGCUGAGCCGAAACCCCAGUGAUGGCUGUGGCUUCCCGAGGGCCGCUUGAGGCAGUGGCCUUGGGCAACAUUUUCUCUACCUGCUGGGUUGGUGUCAACAGCCACAGUGCUGCAAGUGGCUUUGCAAGUGGCUUUCCCACUGUCCCCAAACUUCCUCUGAAUAAUAAGCAUUUGUUUCAGGUGAUGAUGAUGGAGCUAAGCCUGGUUUGUCACCACAACAGGAGUAAUGCAGUGGCUUUCCGCAGCCUGUUUGCAACACGCAGAAAUGGCAGUGCUGGCGGAAGCUGCGACCUCUGCCUGUCCUUCGACUGCUCGGAGCCACAGGGAUCUGUGUGGCUGAGCCUCCCUGGGGCAGAUGGGUUUGAAUCAAAGCAUCAGCAGAUCCAACAGUAUGGGGAUGCUGAGAGUCCCUCGCCCUGUUUUGGGAAAGCUGGGCUGGACGCCUGGCAUGGCCCCAGGAGGCUUGAGAGCACCUAUCUGCUGGCAGAGCAGCUCUUCAGCAAAUUUAUGUAGGUUGACAAGCCCAAAAGCAGGGGGAAAACUGUCCUCUGACACCUGAGGGGGAGGAAGCGUGGGAGCCCUGGAAACGAUGCUCCCCAUGCUCCUCUGCCAACCCAGUGGAUGCUUUGCUGGUACAAUCCUGGGUGGUGCAAGAAAUGGCUCUAUGUGGGGGCUUCAUGCCCCUCUGACACCCUUCCUGGUGUUACUGCACCCCUUGCUCACCUUUGUGUCACCGCAGCAGCAAGGGGAAAAGGGCAGGCAGCACCCCGCGCGCUCAGGGUAUUUACGGCCAACUGUGCUGUCAGGAGAGUGGGGAACAAAGACGCUGUGUUUGCUAAAUAUUGCCAGCAGGAUUGCGAGUAGCUGUCCAAGAGGAAGCAUUACCCAACUGUUUACACUUGCUCGACUCCUGCCCGUCCUUCCCAGCGGGGAGGAAUGUGGUGGCCACGAGGACACCAGUCGGAUGGGGCCACAUCUCGCUGGGUUCCAGAGAGUGCCUGGGGUAGGAUGUGGCUCUGUGUUGCUGACUCAUAUUGACUGUAGGGGUCUUAUAGAGACCCAAAAGUUUUUGCCCAUCUCAUGUCCUGGGACUCACUACCACUUUUGGCAAAAGAAAAUUUUCAAAAGCAUUCUCCUUGGGCAGGGGCAGAGGAGAGGGCUGCCAGGGGAACAGGGCCUCUCCCCCCACCCAGGAACCCUUUGUGCAGCUGGGUUCGGGUCCCCGCAUCCCUCAGGGAAGCAUCCUUGCCGUGCCCACAGGUCGGAGGACCCCGGGCACAGAGGCUGCCGCCGCCAAAGGGCUCAGCUCCCCCACGCUGGCUGAGGUUAAACAUUGCGAGAACUGGGACAUUCCUGCAUGAAAUUAAGAGCUCGGCGAAGCCCAAGGCCCCGGCUGCCCGCUCGGCUCUCGGGGGGC